AUGAUUCGUAAUUAUCUUAUUCAUCAAAACCAAAACCAUGAAGAAAUUUAUCAUAAUAAUAAUUACGUUCGCCAAAAUAUGGUUCAUAAUACAAUUUAUCAAAACCCAGAAGACAUUUAUCAAAAUGUCGGUGAUAAUAAUUACGCUCAUCAUCAAAACAUGCUUCAUAAUUAUCUAAUUCAUCAAAAUCCUGGAGAAAUUUAUCAAAGCAUAGGUAAUAAUAAUUACAUUCACCAAAACAUGGUUCAUCAAAAUCCUAAGCAUGAGGACGUUUAUCAAAAUGCUGGCGAUGAGAAUUACAUACGUCAAAAUAUGAUUUAUAAUCACCAAAACAAUUUCGUCGCUGAACAGAACUCAAAAAUUUAUCAGAGCAUAGGUAAUAAUAAUUACAUUCACCAAAACAUGGUUCAUCAAAAUCCUAAGCAUGAGGACGUUUAUCAAAAUGCUGGCGAUGAGAAUUACAUACGUCAAAAUAUGAUUUAUAAUCACCAAAACAAUUUCGUCGCUGAACAGAACUCAAUUUACCUUUUAUUAAAUCGUCCUUAUGAACUUUAUUUACCAAUCGAAGUGUUGAUUUCCCCUAGUACUAGAAACAACAAAACAAAUCAAAAAACCACAGAAUGUUUAUAUGUUGUAUCGAAGAAAUUCUAA